CCCGGCUGCCCCGUGUGCCUGGUACUGAGACACAGACAGUAUUCCAUUGACAAGUACCUUGAUCCCGCCAUCAUCCGAACCCAUAACCCAUCUCUGUAAAUCGCUCCCCUUUCUCGGUCCACGUUACGUCUCGUCUCUCUUUCCUCCGGGAUCCGACAUCCGACGUGUCCAGUCCAGCCUCGGUCAUUACACUGGACCUGUACCCAGUCCAUCUCGCCAGUCCCGUACCCAGUCCAUCCAGUGCCCAGUCGUCGCCAAUCUCGGGUAGUGCGUCUGUCCCUGGCAGACGGUCACUGCAAGUCUCCACCGGGAAAGCUGCUGAUCCUUGACACAAUCCCUCAAAUCCAAGAUUAACAAGAUCCCGCCAACAAUUGCGCAUAUUGAGAGGCAUCCGGACAUCCAGGCAUUGCAGGACUGGCGAGAUCAGCAACUGGGAAGGAAAUCGUUAGCAAGAAAUUGUUUUUGGAUAUGACCAACUACAACAACUGAAAAUGGCCGACCCGAUGGAUGGUAUCGAACCCACACCACCGGCACCGGCACCAGCACCGACACCAGCGGCGGCACAGCAGUCGGACCCCUCGGGGGGUCCAUUGCCGCCAAUCCACACCAUGCCAAUGCCGCCAAUGCCCGCCGUGUCAGCGCCGCCGCCGGCUCCGGCAACCAACACCUCCGACUUCAACCGUCCGUUAACGCCGCCUGCACUCCAGGUCUCGUCAGCACCACCUCCGCCGCCACAACUCCCGCCUAUUACGGCUUUUCAAUAUCAACAAUCGCCACAUCAACAAUCAACACCAUGGCAACCGAUCCAGAUAUCCGGACUAACACCGACAAGUCAGCCGUCGUCGUCAUCCGCACUCACGCCGUCGCCCACUGCGCCAAUUCUCGCUGCUGUCAAUCCCACUUCUGACCCACAACAAGUCACCCUCCCCGGUCCAGCGUCAUUAUUGAACAGCAACCCGCCGCCCAGCAUCGCGAUCCCGUCAAUCACCACUAUUCCAUCCCACUCUGCCCGUCAAGAACGGAAAGAACCAGACCACCGACAGGGCCAACCAAAACGACGUAAUCGCCCCGCUGUCUCAUGCAUACCUUGCCGUGCCCGCAAGAUCAAAUGCGACCAAAAGAAACCGUGCGAAAGCUGCGUCAAGUCCAAGUACCAUAAGGGUCCUUGCGCCUACGACCAGUCGAGGCUACCCAAGGAAAAGACUUGGCCAUUCAAAGCGACGCAGAUAGAUUCGAGGCCGCCUUCGCCAGAACCGCAACCACAGCCGCAGCAGCAAGAACAACAACACCUUCAGAGUGGUACGCCAGAUGCCAUCGUGAACGCGGAAGAGGGGACUUCCCUGCCCGGGCCGCGCUAUAUCCUCGAUGCACCGUAUCGCGACUCCCAGUCUAUUUCUUCGGGCGCCUAUGGCGGCGGAUCAGCUAGUCCCCUGCUGCCGCCCAUCAAGAACGAACCUGGAGCAUCGUCGGCUUUCAGUCCGAUUCCUCGUCAUGCCCAACACUCGGGUGGUCCUCUUCCGCUGUCUGAUGCGGAGGGAACCGAGGCAUUGAGGAGGGAGGUGUGGAUGUUGCGACAGCAGGUCGACGAGUUGACACAUCAACAGCAGCACCAGCAGCAGAGUCAGCAGCAACUACCACCACGACAAAGACCGUUGCGAGAAUCUAGACCUUACUCUCAGAAUGGCGCGUCCAAGACUGGCGAUAACCGCUGGCACGCCGACCAACUCUUCCCACUAGUCACCAGGGCCAUCUCCAACGUCAUCCAAUCCAGCAUCCAAUCUGACGACCACAACAAGGCCUGGUCCAAGCUCAGAACAUGCGCCGAGCUCUCCCGAAAAAUCGAGGAAUCACAAUCCGGAAGCAUCACUUUCCUCGCCUUCAGCGACGUCGGCGGCACCCUCCCCAUGUCCUACCGCCAAGAGGCCCGACGCCUAACCCAAGCCUACUUCCGCACUUUCGAGAGCGUCUACCGCAUUCUGCACGUGCCUGCCUUUCGCACGCGGUUUGAAGAGUAUUUUGAUGGCCAGUUUGAUGACCAGCCCGACAAAGCCUUCAUUGUUCAGCUCCAGCUUUGCAUGGCUAUCGGGUCGGUGUUUGAGGAUGCUAGCGGAUCAUUCCGGAGGUAUCAGGAGAGAUGGAUCCAGGAAGGCCAGUCGUGGCUUCUCCUUUUUCCGCCGACGAACCUCGCCGGUUUGCAGACCAUGUGUCUUUUGCACCUCGCCAAAGAGGUCUGCGGAUUUGGUGGAGGUGGGGGUGAACUAACCUACAAGUCGGCUGGUUCUCUCCUGCGAGAAGCCAUGUGUCUAGGCCUAAACCGGGAUUACCUCGCGUCAAUGCCCAUCUACCAAGCCGAACUGCGUCGACGAUUAUGGGUCACCAUUUUGGAAAUGGUUGUCCAAUCGAGCUUGGAUACCGGCCUCCCACCGGGUAUUUCUCUCACCGAACUUGGUACUAGUCCGCCGGCGAAUUACGACGACGAGCAGCUUGCUUUUUCGAACCCGGUUCCCCGUCCCUCGGGGACAUUCACGCAAACGACCGUCCUCCUCGAAUUGCAUCGCUCGUUCCCUGUGCGGUUAGCUAUUGCUCAACACCUCGCCACGCUUCUCAACUCCCCCAACACGAAGGCCCCGGCAGUCGAAUCCGGAUCGACGACAGAAUCCCUCAACGCCGAACUGACACGUGCAUCGCGUGCACUAACGGGCACGCUCCAACCCGGCUAUGACCCCGCCGGCAUCCUGCCGAAUCGGAUCUCGGUUUUCCAGCUAAAGAUGGCGGAGAUGUUAGUGAAUCGGUUCUUUCUGGGAUUGAACUUGGCUUUGGCCGUGGGUGCGGAGACAGUCUAUAAACCCUUGGAGAUGGAAAUACCAGAAGUGAGGACAUCUUGUGGCGCAGCAGCCGGCACAAUCUGGAGGGGUGUUGUUUCGGGUCUGGGCAACACAAGAGAAACGGGAGGAAGCUCUGGGAGAACGAGGACGCAACAUCAACAAAUGGACGACUUCACCAGCCUGGUGAGCCGCGGAAGCGGAACCUCCUACCACGCAACGGCCAUGGUGGCUGUUUUGACUCUGCUGAUGGAAUUAAGGCGGCAGAUGGAGGAGGAGUGGCAACAACGACGACUUCGACGCGAUCACCAACAUACGCCGCUGCCUUCGAUCGAUCGCCAGGGGCACCUUGGCCACGGGACAUCUUCGGAGGCAAACUCAGCAACAACAACUUCACCAGAACGAGACACAUCAGCAGAAUCAACAAGACAAGAAUUCCUAGACUUGGUUAGUUCUGCUGUCGACUGGACUCUUGGCAGAAUCCAAACUGCAAACGGGGAUACGGGGGCGUAUGUUUGGAUGUACUUGCUUUGCUCGGCGGCUUCGGAAGAGGUGAGGGCUUUGCAGCGGAGGUGGGAGACGCAAUUGCAUCAUUCGACUUCUCAGGCAGAGACAAACUUCGAAAGACAAAGAACAAAACAAAUAGAAGAACUUGUGGAAAAACGAAUUGUGAGUGAUUUGAACGGGGUAGCCGGGUUUUUGACGGGGGCUCACGAGGACGUCAUACAUCAAGAUGAUGAAUUUCGUCGAGAUAUAGAGGAAGAUGCGCAACUCGUGGCUAGGAACACCAAACCUCGACAUGGACUCCUGCAUCCCGGAGCACUCAACCUCGCACCCAACUUCCCAACAACUCAGCAGACCCCUCCCAAUCCUCCCAAGCUCACCAGCCGAGGCCGAACGGUUUCGCAGUUUUCGAAGGAGGCGAAUGGGAAUGGCACUGGCACUGGCAAUGGCAGUGGAAGUGGAAGUGAAAGAGAUUGUGAGAUGAUGGGGCGGCAGAAAGAUGGCGAUUCUGCUGCGUUGGCGACAAGGGCCGCUGAUGAAAGAAGGUUGUGGUUGGAGAGGAUGACAGAGAGGGAAGAGCGUCAGGUCAUCCGCUUCAAAUCCGUCUUCGAUCUGAGAAAUUACGAAUCUCUUCUCAUGCAAGAGUGGAUGGACAUCAUGGACUAGGCGAACGCACCCGCAUGGAUGGCGGGUUGAUCGGAGUAGUCGGAGGCGGUAGAGUGUCGGCAGCGGUCGGAAAAUGUGGGGAACAGACCGGGCCGGGUCUGGAUUCAUUGCUUUCACCACCCGGAGCACCCCAAGUCCAAACCCCAUUCCUCCUCUCCCUAUACCUCGAAAUUCUGUUUCAGCAAGGUCAUGUUGACACGGGAGGCGCUCAGGGAUUUUGCGGAACAUCAAGCCGAUCCAGAAGGCCCAGCGCCAGCCGAUGGUGGUGGCGGCGUAGCCGGAGAGGAUGGGGGCGAUUAGGGGGCCGAAGACUGUCGU